AUGACGGAAGAGGUAGUGUUGGGCAAGCUAAUGAAGCUAAAUUUAGACAAGUCUCCUGGCCCUGAUGGAAUGCAUUCGAGGAUUGACCUUCAGAAGAUGCCCCUGGGUAAACUGAGCAAGCGGCAGAUCCAGAGUGCAUAUUCCAUCCUUAGCGAGGUCCAGCAGGUUGUGGCUAACAAUGGGCUGGAGUCUCAGAUAUUGGACCUCUCCAAUCGCUUCUACACACUCAUACCACAUGACUUUGGAAUGAAGAAACCACCUCUCCUGAACAACGAGGAUUAUAUUCAGGCCAAGGUGCAGAUGUUGGACAGUCUCCUGGACAUCGAGGUUGCCUACAGCCUCCUCAAAGGUGGUAAGGACGAUGAUGCCAAGAACCCCAUAGACAUCAACUACGAGAAGCUGCACACAGAGAUCAAGGUUCUGGACAAGGAGACAGACGAAGCCAAGUUAAUCAGAGAGUACGUUAAAAACACACACGCUGCUACACACAACCAGUAUGAUCUGGAAGUGAUGGAGAUCUUUAAGAUUAAACGCAAUGGGGAAGAAGAGCGUUUCGAGCCCUUCAGUGAACUGCACAAUCGCCAACUGCUCUGGCACGGCUCCCGCAUCACCAAUUUCGCUGGCAUCCUGUCACAGGGUCUCCGCAUUGCUCCACCAGAGGCUCCUGUGACCGGCUACAUGUUCGGUAAAGGGAUCUAUUUUGCUGACAUGGUUUCCAAAAGUGCCAAUUACUGUCACACAUCACAAGCUGAUCCUGUGGGGCUCAUUCUGCUUGCAGAAGUGGCUUUGGGAAACAUGCAUGAGUUGAAACGAGCUAAUCAUAUUACCAAACUACCAAAAGGCAAACACAGUGUGAAAGGCAUCGGGAAGACCGCUCCGGAUCCUAGUGCCACAGUCAAGAUGAAUGGAGUGGACAUCCCGUUGGGAAGAGGUGUCCAAACACAAGUCUCAGAUUCUAGUCUCCUGUACAAUGAGUACAUUGUCUACGAUGUGGCCCAGGUGAACCUGAAGUACCUGCUGAAACUGAACUUCAAGUUCAGAACCUCGCUGUGGUGAACACGUUGCUUCAUUGGAACUUCUGCUCCCUAAAUAAAUUUUAAAAAAAAAAAACACCGUUUGCAAAAUUCAGGCUAUCGGAGGCAGUGAAGGGUGGGAAGGGAAAGUCGCAUCUUGCAGAGAUUUGUUGGGGGUGUACGGUGAAUAUCAGAGCUCCCCUUCAUCUGCUCAGCUGGGCUGUGCUUGGAGGGAGGGUGGGGGGGGGGGGGGGGAGCAGAGAGUUUGGGUAAGCUGGUGUGGGUGGGAAUGGUGUUAAUAUCCACCCCCCCCAACCCAAUCGACAAACUGACAAAAGCCAUAAAUUAGGAUGAUUGUUGUUAGAAUUUUUUUUUGUAGAAAAGGAAAAAUGUGCGAGCUGACUACUUAUUUUUGGGGUUGAGUGUCAGAAUGGCUGUUAGUUUUAAUUCAGCCAGUCAAGUGGCUUUACUGACUGUUGGAAAGCAUUUAGUCUACUUGGGAAAAUCCUGACUGGGAGGAGAGAGGGAGGGAGGGAGGGAGGGAGGGAGGGAGGGAACCCACCUUUAUAAAGGCAGGCAGAACCAGUACUGUAUAGUUUUGCUUUGUAUUUGCUACCUUCCCUUCAUUUGAUGGGCAUUUUUUUCUCUGUAACUUCAUCCUUCCCUUUAGUGUUUUGUUUUUCCAUUUUAUAUUAGAUGAGGAAUAAAGGACAGCUUAAAAAAACCCCUUGUG